AUGGUGCUUUCUGCAGAGGAAGUAAUACAGUGGUCCCAGUCUUUGGAAAAGCUCCUGGCCAGCCAAAGUGGUCAAGGUGUCUUUCGGGAGUUCCUGAAGUCAGAGUUCAGUGAGGAGAACAUUGAGUUCUGGCUGGCCUGCGAAGAUUACAAGAAAACCAAGGCUGAUCACUUACAUUGCAAAGCAGAGAGGAUUUAUGAGGAGUUUGUUCAGUCAGAUGCUAUUAAGCAGAUCAAUAUUGACCAUCAGAUGAGGGAAGCAACAGCCAAAAGGGCUCAAGACCCAACUCACACAAGUUUUGAUGAAGCCCAGAGAACUGUCUACAUCCUCAUGGAAAGGGAUUCAUAUCCCAGAUUCUUGAAAUCCAAAACCUACCUGAACCUUCUGAAUCAGCUGCAGACCAACAAUUCAAAAUAAUGUGUUUGAGAUAAGGAAGAGUCAAGUUGACGCUGUGUCAAAUAUUUUGUGAACACAUUCUUCAGGGCAGCUGGAUCUCAGCAAAGAGAACACCUGCCUUGGGAGGUGGUACAAGAGGGAUGCAAGCAGCUCUGUGGGCAAGAAAAUGCAGGACAAGAGCUAACAAGACUGUUACAAGUGUGAAGGCAACGUGGUGAAAAUCCUCUCUUACUUAGCACAUGAAAUCAAGACAGGAUAUGGAUGCUAUUUAUUAUUUGAACUCUACUGUGAAUGUUGAACCGAGGGUUAGAAACCCAAAGGACUGCUGAUGGGAAAAGAUUAUAAAGGUUCAGAAGAAGAAGGAUGACUGACAAUUUUGUAUGAAACAAGACAAGGCUCAGAUGAGACUGUGCAAUGGCUUUUUAAAAUCUGUGAAGUGUUAAUAAGCGUUAGCUCCAUGAUGUGUGAUGUAAAUAUGUUAUGUAUUGACUCAUCUUAAAAUUGAUAUAUUCUAAGUUAUAUAAUCUGUACUUUUAUUAUGUUUGUGCUCAACAAACACAUGUAGCAUCUUUUCUGUACAUUUUCUGUUUAACUUAUUGCAAACUUUUCAAUUAAAUCUACUGAAAAAAUA